UCAACCAGAGUGAGAAUUCGAGAUUCUAAUUAUUAUUGUUAUGCCGUCAACAACAUAAAUUUUGAAAAUAAUUGAACAAGUUUAUAGUGAAAAUGGCGACAACAGGGGUUGGUUUUCGGUGGUUAGAUUUAUUGGAAAAGGAAUUUGAUAAAGCAUGUGUUGGAUUAGAUACAUCUUUAGCGGAUCUGGAGACCGAGGAACCGGAUACAGUGUUUUCUUCUCGCCAAAAAAUAGCAACGUUGAGUUCCUGUUUUGCUCAGCUCACUCACAAAGCCUUGACCAUUUUUCAGCACAGUGCAAAACUUGAGGCCGAGUUGGUGGAUAUGAGGGCAGAAUUGGUGCAGGCGCGCGCGGCGUCAGCUGGUGGCUGUCAAGAGGGUGGAGACGUGGCGGGCAACGUCCCUGAGGCGGCGCGAGCUCGGGCGGAGGCCGCUCAGCUAGCGAGGGAAAAUGCAUCGCUACGAGAAACGGUUCUCGCGCUCCAUUCGGAACUUUUCGGUGCUAGAUUAGCGACGAAGUAUUUGGAUAAGGAGUUGGCCGGACGCAUACAACAACUGCAGUUGCUGGGCAGCGACAUGCGAGCAGAACUGAGAGAUUCUCUCUGGGCGCAGGUGGAAGCGGAGAUCUUGCUGCAGCGGCACAAGACGCUGGUGCGCGUGUGCCGCGGCACCUCCCCCCGGCCCCCGCGGCCCGCCGGCCCUCUCCGCGCCAGACCGCGCACCGUGCGCGUACGACGCUCGCCGCAUCUCGGCCUCGGCAUCUCGGUCACGGGCGGUCGCGAGCACGGCGUGCCCAUCCUGAUUUCGGAGUUGGAGAUGGGCGGACCCGCCGCUCUGACGGGACAGUUGUACGUCGGGGAUGCCAUACUGGCCAUCAACGACGUCGACCUCACGCAGGCGUGCCACAAGGAAGCCGUGCAAGCGCUGCAGAGCGUGAAGGGGGACUGCGCACUUUGCGUGCAGUACAUCGCCACUGACGACGAGGACAGGCUCUCCGAAGACAACUACAGGUUCCCCUUGUAUCCGGAAGACGGCGAAGAGUACUGCGACGAGAGGGACGGCUCCGGAGUAACUCCCACGGCACCGAGGACUCCGGAAUAUAACCACAGAUGCAACUCGGAGGAGAGAUCGCGCACCGGCAGCGAAUCGCGCUUCGUGGCGUUCGGCCCUCCCAACGGUCCCGUCGGGCCUGAACUCGCCCCUUACCCCGACUACAACAACAUCAACAACAACCUCGACAUCCUCGACAUGGACGACGACUCCAUCAAGAUCGAAGCGAGGCUCGAGAUGGUGAAGCUGGAGGAGGUCGCGGCGGGACGGAGUCCGGCCCCGUCGGCCUCGCCCGGCUCGACGCCGGUGCACCUCGCCAGGACCUCGCUCAAGAAGAGGAAGGCCCUGGACUGGAGGACGAAAGGCGCGUACAGUGCGGUGUCCGUGGAGGGAGUGUCGUCGGACGAGCCGGGGGGCGAGGCGGACGCGGCGCGCGCUCGCGACUGGCGCUCGAGGGGCACCUACGUCGCCCUAAAGCAGAGGCACCGCUCCGACGACGACGCCCUGGACAAUCGGCCUCGAUCCGGCGACUCCUGCGACAACGCAGUGCCCGUCGCUCGAGAGGUGACGAUGGCGCCGAGCGCCGCCACCGACUCCGUUCCCGCCGUCUCGAUCGUGAGUCCGGGGGCGUCGGACACCGCUUCCGCGUCUCUCGCCGCCGAGCGCAAGGCGGCCGGGGCGACUGCGCCGACCGAGCUCGACGGCGACUCGAAGCCGAGGAAAGAAAUUAAAAAUUUCAGGAUAGGUUCGGCGCGUCGCGUGGAGGCUCACGGCCUGCUCGUGAACGGCGACGGAGACCCCGACUUCGGGACUCCCGUUUGAGCGAGCCCUCGACCCGCUUCACCGCUUCUCGUCCGCCGCUCGUCGCCGGAUGGAGCCGAUUUGCGCCCGACCGUUAUAGCAUUUACUUUUGCGUCCGCCGGGGGCUCGUGACGAUUCGUUUAACCCCGGAGAUGUCGCAGUGUCCGAACGUCGAUUAUCACUUUUGUUUAUUUAUUUUUUAUAUAGAAUUUCAGGCAGCUUCGCGUGUUCGCGCAUUCGAUGUACAGACCCGGUCCGGUAAAGCAAAGGAGGCGACGAGGCCGGUCUUCGACCUUAGAUUAAGCAAAAAUGCAGGCAAAAAGAUGUGAACGUGGCGAGUGUCGAAUAUUUAAAGAAUUCGCCCACACGUCGACGGGCCGUGGCGCGUCACGGCAAAGUCGACCUUGCCAAAAGUCAAUUUGCCGAACCUCACUUCUCCGCUUUGCGCGGGACGAGUCGCUCUCGAAAACAUUGGACAGACGCGAAAGUAUGUCUGCCCGUGCCCCGUUAAGGUUAUUGUGAUUUCGAUUACGGCACAAAUACGCUUAAAAAACAUAAUGAAGGAAUCAUGACAAAGAGACGAUGACUUUAUUUAACUAAUUGAAUGUUGUGGGUUACGUGUUGCUAAUUCAUGUCAAUACAUUCUUAAGAGGAGACGCCCUACGGUAAAUGAGUUUACGACAAACAGCUGUUUGGAGUCGAUCCAAACUUAAUCUGACCUUAACAUUGUCGUGUCAUUUGAUUCGCUUUUACACAUUCCAAUGAAUAAUGACGAAUGUUUUCUGACUUUGCAAUGUUAUCUAUUAUUUAUUUAAUUUUUUAUACACAAUUAAAUAUUGUCAAAAACACAUAUAAUCAUAUAAAUAAUUUUACAUUAAUAUAUCACAAUAUUUAAUAACAAGCGUUCAUAUUUAUGAAUCGUAUUCAUUUCUUUGUAAAACAGCUUCAGAUCUCAGGGUUGAAUCUCGAAAUAGUUUUAAAUUUUGCCAUUUUCAUAUUGUAACGGCUUCCAUUAUUAAUUCUACAUGGUAUGCAAACUCCAACAAUAUAUUAUAAAUAUUCUUUGAAAAUACUGCACCAGCAAUACAUAUGUAUGUAAUAUAAUUAUUUAGAUACAAUAAUUUGAAACGAAACUUUAUUAUCAAAAUUUCAUAUUUUUUACUUGUGACUUUAGACAUUGAUAUAAAGUUUGGUGUAUUGAGGGAUAGAUAAAAACUACUUUCUGUGACGAUAUUGCUCAGCCGUGUACCUCUAGGCCUAAAUAAGACUGCAACAUUCCAUAAAUCUCCUAUGCAUUGUAUAAGUUUCGCUGUAAUUUGUAAUGACAUGUACCAUGUAGUAUGGUUUUACCAGUAACGGAACAUAGUAGUGUAUGUAUUAUUAAUUUAUGUUAAAUUGAAUAAAUUUUAUAAAAAACAUG